CAGCAGGCCUAGCGGGCGGCGCGCAGCCAAUGGGCGCACGGGCUGGGCGGCGGCCGGGGUAUAUAAAGCGCCGCCCCGCACCGCGCGGUCCAGCCUCACCUGGGAGCGCAGCGGAGCGGGACGUAGCGGGCAGCGGCGGCAGGCAAAAUGUGCGACAAGCCAGACCUCUCGGAGGUGGAGAAAUUCGACAAGAAGAAGCUGAAGAAAACCAACACGGAGGAGAAGAACACGCUGCCCUCCAAGGAGACUAUUGAGCAGGAGAAGGAAUGUGUGAAGUCUUCCUAGAGUGAGAUGGCCUGGCAGGAAGAGCUACUACUUGAUUUUUUUGCUUUGAAUUAAUCAUGUGUGGGGUUUUUGUUUGGUCUUUUUUUUGUUUUUAAUUUACAUCAUGUGUAGAAAACGGCUCCAUCGCCUAAUCCACUGUCCCACCUUGCUGGCAGCUUUGGCGGGUGGGUGGAACAAAGCAUGGCCCUCUCAGUCCAUCAGUAGCCUGGCCCAACUCCAUCUCUGCUGCUCAGCCAACUCCUGUUGACAGCACUGAUCUUGCUGUAAUGCAGUGGGGAGGUGAGCAAGGGCUAUAGAGGCUCCUGGGGACGGUCCCCUUCUGCCUUGGGGAGUGGGGAUCCUUUCUGGCCUGACCCAUGGCCUGGGUCUGUCUCACAUAGUCUUCACCAACAGCAUUUUGUAGCCUCACUCACAGUUUUUUGUCUUCCUUGGGGGGGGAAAAAUGAUAAGUUUAUUAUAAAAUAAAAAAUGUAAUGACCUA